AUGAGGGCUAGGGAUUUGUUUGCGCUUCUGUGUUUCUUCAUCGUACAUGUGGCUUCGAGCUUGUGUUCAGAUGGACGAGGAGAUCAAGCACUGUCUCAGAUUGACAUUUACAGCACAAGUUUGGCUCUGCAUCACUCUGCAACCAUUCACGCUUCCCCUCGUGUUCUUGGUUCUCAGGGAGAGGACACAGAAUGGGUAAAUGUUAGUAUUACAAAUCCAGAGCCUUCUUCAGACGAUUGGGUUGGAGUUUUCUCACCAGCAAAAUUCGACUCAUCUUCUUGCGCUCCAACAGAUGGCAAAGAGAUAGCUCCUUUUAUCUGCUCAGCUCCAAUUAAGUACAUGUAUGCCAAGUCCAGUCCUGACUAUACAAAGACCGGUAACGCGGUUUUGAAGUUCUUGCUUAUCAACCAGAGAGCUGAUUUCUCCUUUGCCCUCUUCACCGGAGGACUCUCAAACCCAAAUCUUGUUGCGGUUUCGGAUCAUGUCUCAUUUACCAACCCUAAAGCUCCUGUUUAUCCUCGUCUUGCUUUAACCAAGAACUGGGAUCAAAUGAGCGUGACAUGGACGAGCGGAUAUAACAUAGACGAGGCUGUUCCGUUUGUUGAAUGGAGUGGUAAAGGAAUCACUCAAAGUAGAAGAUCACCAGCUGGUACCUUGACAUUUACAAGAAACACCAUGUGUGGUGGUCCUGCUCGUACUGUUGGUUGGCGCGAUCCGGGUUUCAUCCACACUGCUUUCUUGAAAGAUCUUUGGCCAAACCUCAAGUACACAUAUAGGAUGGGUCAUGAGUUGGUGAAUGGAUCGAUCAUCUGGAGCAAGAACUUCACCUUCAAGUCUUCUCCUUACCCUGGACAAGACUCGUUACAACGUGUCAUUAUCUUCGGCGACAUGGGGAAGGGAGAGCGAGAUGGAUCGAACGAAUACAAUGAUUAUCAGCCUGGUUCACUCAACACAACAGACCAAGUCAUCAAGGACUUGAAGAACAUUGACAUUGUCUUCCAUAUUGGAGAUAUGGCUUACGCGAACGGUUACAUUUCGCAGUGGGAUCAGUUCACAGCUCAAGUUGAGCCUAUUGCUUCUACUGUUCCAUACAUGGUCGCAAGUGGCAACCACGAGCGGGACUGGCCAGACUCUGGAUCAUUCUAUGGAGGUAAAGACUCUGGAGGAGAAUGUGGAGUUCCUGCGGAAACAAUGUUCGACUUCCCAGCUGAGAACAAAGCUAAGUUCUGGUACCUUGCGGAUUACGGAAUGUUUAGGUUUUGUGUAGCGGACACAGAACAUGAUUGGAGAGAAGGGUCAGAGCAAUACGGAUUCAUAGAGCGUUGUCUUGCCUCUGUUGACAGAAAGACUCAGCCUUGGCUAAUCUUUAUCGCUCAUCGUGUUCUUGGUUACUCGACGAAUGAUUGGUAUGGUCAAGAAGGAACGUUCGAAGAGCCUAUGGGAAGAGAGAGCUUGCAGAAGCUGUGGCAGAAGUAUAAAGUAGACAUUGCCUUUUACGGCCAUGUGCAUAACUACGAGAGGACUUGUCCUGUUUAUCAGAGCCAAUGUGUGGAUGAUGAGAAGAAGAGUCAUUACUCAGGAGCUUUCAAAGGAACUAUACAUGUGGUUGUUGGAGGUGGAGGAAGUCAUUUGUCUUCUUUCAGCUCGUUGAAACCGAGAUGGAGUGUGUUUAGGGAUUAUGAUUAUGGGUUUGUGAAGUUGACGGCUUUUGAUCAUUCGUCGCUUCUCUUUGAGUAUAAGAAGAGUAGUGAUGGUCAAGUGUAUGACUCUUUCACCGUUUAUAGAGAAUACAGAGAUGUCUUGGCUUGUGUUCGUGAUAGCUGCGAGCCAACCACAUUAGCUUCAUGA